AUGAGAAAAGUAAAGAAAGGGAAACCUAUUUGCAUUAGAGGAAUUUAGCUAGGGUUCUUCUCUCUCAAACCACGAACAGUCCAAAUUCAUCUACUCCCAGUGAGCCUAGAUUAGCUGCGGAAUAUUCCUUCCUUUUCCCAGUGAGCCUAGAUUCGCGGGUUGCGGCAAAGAGUAACGCUCUUUUUGCCGGCGGCGGCGGACCAACGUCAAGCACCACGCUCGUCCUUCCUCAAUCCUUCGGAAUCGUUCCUGUUUCUUAGUCCUACAGGUUGAGCGUGUUAAGAUUGUUCCACCAACCAGGGCUUCGCAUCUCCUCACCCGCCGAAGAGUAUUGUAUUUAGAACCGAAAUUGUUUUUGUGAUGGGGGUGCUCUCUGCUCUGGUCAUAGCAAUCAGACAAAGCUUCUCUCUCAGGCUGCGCACCAUGGACCACCCAGCAAAUAUGUAUCUUCACAUACUAUGAUCCUCUCUCUCUCCCCCUCAUGAUGAUGAUCCUCUCACCGCGGCAAUGGCUACUGCUGCUACCUCCGGUCUUCCUCUCCACUCUUCUCUUCUCCUACCUGUACACCACCCUAUGGCUAAGGCCGGAGAGGCUCAGGCAGAAGCUGAGAAGCCAAGGAGUGAAGGGUCCCAAGCCUUCUUUCCUCUUCGGAAACAUACCGGAGAUGAGGAGAAUCCAGAAACUUGCCAUGUCUGAUCAAGAAGUGGGAGCAGGGUCUACAGAUCGCUUCUCCUCAAAUUAUGUGGCCACUCUGUUCCCUUACUUCCUCCACUGGACCAGAGUUUAUGGUUCCAUCUACUUGUAUGCUACUGGAAGCAUACAAACUCUACAUGUCAUAGAUCCUGACAUGGUGAAGGAGCUGGCCAGUUGCAAGUCUUUGGAUCUUGGAAAGCCUAGCUACUUGCAGAAAGAGCAUGGACCUCUUCUUGGUAUGGGAAUUUUGACGGCGAAUGGUGACCUAUGGGUACACCAACGAAAGGUCAUUGCACCUGAAUUCUUCAUGGACAAGGUUAAGGGAAUGGUUAAUUUGAUGAUGGAUGCUGCACUAUCAAUGUUGAAUUCAUGGGAAGAAAAGGUUGAGUCUGAAGGAGGCAGGGCAGAGAUUGUAGUUGAUGAGUUCUUGCGGAACUUCUCAGCUGAUGUUAUAUCAAGAGCUUCUUUUGGAAGCAGUUUUGUCGAAGGCAAGGGGAUAUUUUACAAAAUUCGCCAACUUCAGAAAUUGAUGGGGAAGCGAAGUAUGCUUAUUGGUGUUCCUGGAAGUAGAUAUUUACCGACAAAGAGUAACAGAGAGAUUUGGAACCUUGGGAGUUGCAUCCGUAGCCUCAUCUUGAACAUAGCCGAGAAGCACGGGCAUGAUUCAGCAACCACACCAAAUAAGUUUUUUCUGCACUCCAUCAUUGAGGGUUCUAAAGCCGCUUCCUUCUCUUCGUGCACACCCGAGGAUUUCAUCGUCGACAACUGCAAGAACAUCUACUUCGCGGGACAUGAGACAACCUCGAGCACUGCCGCGUGGUGCCUGAUGCUUCUUGCAGCGCACCCUGAAUGGCAGGACCGAGCUCGGGUGGAAGUCCUUGACGUUUGUCAUGGAGAAGCAUUAGACUUCGACAAGCUACGGAAGUUGAAAACGCUAACGAUGGUGAUCCAGGAGACCCUCCGCCUGUACCCGCCAGCCUCCUUUGUCACGCGGGAAGCUCUGAAGGACCUGAACCUCGGCGGCAUCGACAUCCCGAAAGGCACCAACAUCAGGGUCUCGAUCAUGCUGGCUCACCGGGACCCUUCGGCAUGGGGCGCCGACUGCGACAAGUUUGAUCCGGGAAGGUUUGCCGGAGGCAUAGCACGCGCCUACAAGCCCCACCACAUGUACAUGCCGUUCGGCGUGGGUCCCCGGACGUGUGCCGGCCAGAACCUCGCCAUGGUUGAGGUCAAGGUCGUGCUGUCGCUGCUGCUGUCCAGGUUUGAGUUUGCACUCUCGCCGAGCUACGAUCAUCGACCCGUGUUCAGGCUGACCGUGGAGCCCGGGAGCGGCGUGCCGCUGAUUCUUAGGAAGCUAUGAAAUGAUGGUCUGUUCAUCGUUUCUGAGCUGUUGCUUGUUGUUUACUGUCGAUUUCUGACAGGGAGGAACGGCUGGAUGUUGACUGUAAACACUUUCUCAGUAUGUUAUUGCUGUGCAUGAGAGUACCAAUUCUUGUCACUU